CACUUUUCGGCCACUAGUCGACAAUAAUGCUUACAGCAGUCCGUCGUGGUCGCCUCCUGUACGUUCCGGCGUCUCCGUCUCGAGCAUUUGCGUCGGCAUCUGCAGAGGCGCUCGACGAGCUGAUCUCCCACGCCACACAACAGGACGAGCGGCCUGCAGGACGUCGACAGGGAAUUCCGCGUCGACUACACAGUUACCAGGCUUCGGCAGCUAUCGAAUGUGCUGCUGAAAUCCACGCGACGGCUGUGGUCCAUCCGAACGCGGAGUUGGGCCCAAAUGUCCUGGUAGGGCCUUAUUCCGUCAUCGGACCAGAUGUGGUGCUGGAGGCUGAUGUUCGGCUUCAAAGUCACGUGGUGAUCGACGGUAAGACGCGAGUCGGGAAUGGCACGGUGGUUCACCCGUUUGCGAGCUUGGGAGGCGAACCGCAGGAUAAAAAGCACCAAAUGUUCGAGAAGGACGAGUAUGGCGAUAUGACGCUGACAAUUGGCAGUAAUUGUGUCAUUCGAGAGCAUGUUACGGUGCACGGCAGCACGUCAUACUCACAGGCACCGACGUCCGUUGGUGAUGAUUGCUGGUUGCUUUGUGGAGCUCACGUGGCUCACGACUCGCAGUUGGGCAGACGAGUUGUUGUCUCAAAUAACGUGUGCAUUGCGGGCCAUGUAUCGAUUGGAGACUGCGCGAUUAUUGGCGGACAAGUUGGCAUCAAACAGCACGUGAAUGUAGGCCCGUUGGCGAUGGUGGGCGGACAGAGUGCAGUGGAUGGUGAUGUGUUACCAUACGGGUUGGUUGUGGGGAACCGAGCCAAGCUUGCGGGACUUAAUCUGGUUGGUCUGCGCCGCGCUGGAGUGUCACGAAACAAUAUCAAGUUGUUGCUGCGAGUGUACCGCUAUAUGUUUGGUACACCUGCAUGCAAGAAAACUGGCUUUGCACCUGCUCUUGAGUAAGUGUGAACUGGUGCUUAGUUUGUGCCUUUUUUGCUGAUAUUCUUUACUUGAUGGUCGCAGUUUGGCCUACAGGGAAACGGUCGUAGAACGCGCUAUGGAGGCAAAACAGUUUUUGAUCAACGAAGGACUCGACAGCGAACGGAUACCAAUGGUGCACGAAAUGGUGGACUUUGUGGUGACUUCUCCACAGCGCUUCCAUUCCUCAUUGUGUCAUGCAGUGAUCGCUUCUCCUUCACAUUAGAUUUUUAGCUUGAACACAGACCGCUUAGAUAUGAAUGAUCUUGAGACUUAGAUAUUUGCAUUAGAAUUCUUA